ACACUCACUUUCACCUUUCCAAUAGCUAUGGACCAGUCGACGGUGCAAUCAAGGACACCAGUAAAGAUAAUGCAGUUGUCAUAUAAUUGACCCAGCAGCAUCAGUUGACAUCUUUAUCAUGAUUUGUUAACCGUUCAUCAGCUCAAUCAUGAAAAAGUAGCAGAUUUGGACUUAUGAAAUGGAUAACGGUAUCAGAGUUUAAACAUGUAAGGUCAACAUCGGGAACUGUUGUGAUAUAUAAUGUUAAUAUAGAACGUGUGUGUGAUACAUCCUAUCCUCAUGUGAGAUUCGUGAUAUCUGUACAGAGCUUCAGGUAUUUGUGUGUCAAGCACGACAAUCUGUAAUAGGUAGAUCAGGUAGUUAUGCUAAACCUACAUUGAGAGAAGACAAGGGACACCAAAACACAAUGGCACUUAUGAGGGGGAUCCUGAGUGGCUUGGGCCGUGGCCUGAGAGCCCCUGUUCGGCAGGGACUCUGGACCACCUCCAGCAGACAGUACAGUGAGGAGACUGUGACUAGCGAUGGAGAGAACAGGCCAUCAGUAAAGGUGCCGUCCAGUGCUAGAGUAGUCAUCUGUGGUGGCGGUGUUCUUGGGACAUCCAUCGCUUACCAUCUGGCUGAACGGGGCUGGACUGAUGUAGUGUUACUAGAGCAGGGGAGGCUUACAUGUGGCACUACCUGGCAUUCUGCUGGAAUGAUAGGCCAGGCCAAGGAUGAAGUGGAGGGGUCACAGCUUGUAGCUUACAGUAGACAGCUUUACAAAGAUUUAGACAAAAGUCAUGGAGUUGGAUGGAAGGAUUGUGGAAGUGUUUUUGUAGCACAGACUAAAGACAGGUUGACAUUUUUGCAGAGGAAAAAUGCUAUUGCACUAGCCACAGGGAUUGAAUCCCACAUUAUAUCACCAGAAGAAGCAGGGAAGCUGUGUCCAUGGAUCAGAACUGAUGAUUUGGCUGGGGCACUGUGGGUGCCAGGAGAUGGAGCUGUCACCCCUCCAGAUCUUGUAACAGCUUUCACCUCCAUAGCCAGAGGGAAAGGAGUGAAGAUCAUGGAAGGCAUUAAAGUUGAUAAGAUUCAUACCAAGAACGGGCGAGUAUCACAAGUGACUACAUCCCAUGGUGAUAUUGACUGUGAAUAUUUUGUCAACUGUGCUGGGCUGUGGGCAAGAGAAGUAGGGACAAAGUCGGAACCAAAUGUGAGAAUUCCACUUCAUCCUAAUGAACAUUUCUACCUGGUCACAGCACCAAUAAAAGGGUUGGACCCUUUGAUGCCUGUUGUCAGAGAUCAUGAUGGCCUGAUCUAUGCCCGAGAAUGGAGUGGAGGUUUACUGGCUGGAGGCUUUGAACCCAGAGGCAAACCAGUCUUUCAUAACGGAAUUCCUGAUAAAUUUGAGUUUCAGCUUCUCCCAGAAGACUGGGAUCAUUUCCAGGUGCUUUUGGACCCAAUUCUGCAUCGCUUCCCCUGCAUGGAGAGUGCUGAAGUAAGACAUUUGGUGAACGGACCUGAAAGUUUUACUCCUGAUGGCCACUGGAAUCUGGGUGAAUCACCAGAGGUGAAGAACUACUUUGUAGCUGCGGGUAUGAACUCCAUGGGUGUAGUUGGUUGUGGUGGGAUAGGAAAACAUCUCACAGAAUGGAUUAUUGAUGGCGAGCCAAGCAUCAAUCUUGCUGAGCACGAUAUCCUCAGAUAUGUUCCUCAUCACAGUAACAAAAAGUUCCUCAAGGAAAGAGUGAAGGAAACCAUAUCCCUUUAUAGUAUGAAGUUCCCAUAUGAAUACUGGGAGACAGGUCGUAAACUGAGAACCUCACCCCUUCACACCAAACUAGAGGUUGAUGGUGCCUACUUUGGUGAAACCAAUGCAUAUGAACGACCAAUCUACUUUACAAGACCUGAUGAUGAGAUGGCAGAUCAGUAUCACCCUGGGAAAGGGUCCUAUGGUAAACCACCAUGGUUUGAUAAUGUCAAGGAGGAAUACUGGGCUUGUAAAGAACGUGUCUGUCUCAUAGACAUGUCAUCCUUCUCAAAGUUUGAAAUCAAGUCCAACGGCUCAGAAGCCUUGCAGUUCCUGGAAUAUUUAAGUUCCAAUGACAUUGAAGAUAAUGUUGGAGAAAUAAUUCACACAGGCAUGCAGAAUAAUCAUGGAGGAUACGAGAAUGACUGUACCAUUGUACCUCUCGAACAAAACCAUUUCUUCGUUAUAUCCCCGGCGUCCCAGCAGACCAGGUCCCUAGCAUGGCUACAGAGAUUCCAGCCUGAUGAUGGCUCAGUUCAGAUACGAGACAUCACUUCAGCAUAUGCAGGGAUAAAUGUAAUAGGUCCUCACGCCCAGCAACUACUGGCCGAUGUCACAGACAUAUCCACUUCACUGAAGGACUUCAAACCUAUGACAUGCAAGGUGAUAGAUGUGGGCUUUGCUAGUGAUAUCAGGGCCAUGCGACUCACACAUGGUGGAGAGGAUGGAUUUGUCUUGUAUGUUCCCUCAGAGUAUGCUCUUCAUGUGUACGACACCUUGAUGACAGCAGGGAAGGAUUAUGGAAUUCGACAUGCUGGAUACUACGCGCUCAAAAUGCUGCGCAUUGAGAAGUUCUACGCUUAUUGGGGUGGUGAUCUAACUACCCAUACCACUCCCCUUGAGUGUGGCCGUGACUUCAGGGUCAAAUUUGAUAAAGGAGAUUUCAUUGGGAAGGAGGCUUUACUGAAGCAGAAGGAAGAGGGAAUCAGUCAGAGGUUUGUCCAAUUCUUACUGGAGGACUUUGAUGUAGACAAGGAUGUGUGGCCUUGGGGAGGAGAACCAAUCUAUCGUAAUGGCAAGUUCUCUGGAACCACAACAUCCAGUGGUUACGGAUUCAAGUUGGACAAGAUGGUGUGUCUUGGUUUUAUCAGAGACUAUGAUGAACAGGGUAAGAGUGUUUUGUACAAGAACAUGAACCAGUUUGUUUUAGACAGGAAUGCAAAGUAUGAGAUAGCCAUUGGUGGUCGGAUGUUUGAAGCUAAAGUGAGACUCUACACUCCCAAGGCAGCAUAUUCAACCUCAGAACCUGUCUUCAUCCCAGUUCCUUCCAUGAACAAAUAGAGGACUUCAUCACCUCAGUGAAUUUCAGUUCACUACCGAUGGCGGAGAUGCAAGAUUGUAAGGUUCAAGUGAUAGACAAUCAGAUAUUCCAGAAAUUUGCUGCUGCAUCCUAGUGACCAAUAUUGAUGACAAAACUUCUGAAAGAACUUGUUGAAUUAUUAACUUUCUCUAUUUCACAACAAUUGUCAAACAAUCAAGGUUAAAUCAGUUUUGUUGACCAUGAUGAAACUUGCGAGGUUCAUGGGGUCAGCAGGUGACCUUGUGCCUUUUUUCAUAUUGAACUUGGGAGUCAAGUCUUAUUGGCUUAGGUAAAAGAUGAUUUGGUUAUCAAUAACCAACCAAAAUUGGUUGUCAAAAGAAAAAAACAAAAUAAGGUUUUGUUAGAAUCUAGCUCUUUUUGAUUAGAAAGAAAACAGUUUUAAAACCACCACUGUUUGAGUCACAAGCAUCAAAUAUCAUUGAAAGUGUAUUAAUACUUUCCAUCAUGCUAGUAAGGCCAGAUUUGCAUGUUAUAACUUCUUCUGUCUCCAAAGAUUAGCAUUUCUAGUUUCCAUUCUUAGUACUACAUUGUAUUUAAACUAUGUCAGCAUUAAGUAUCUGCAGCAAGGGAAACAAUUUCCAUUAGAUUUUUUGAUCAUGGAGAAAUGAAAGUUUAGUACAAAGUCCUCAUAACUCAUUGCCUCAAAACAUUAUUAUAUAUUUUGGAGACUAUGGAUAGUAAACUAUAUGAUCAAAAUAUUAAAAUGAUCAAUAAACUCUUUGUAAUCACAAAGUAACAUUACAGAGUGUUUACAAUACCAAUAUUGUACUAGAUAUAUACUUAUUAGAAGACUCUGAAGUUGAUCUCCACAAGUGAUGGUAGCUUCAAGGUAAAAUGUAAGGGUACUUAACAAAAAAGUAAUUUGAUAUUUGUUGUUAUUCAAUGAAAGCUGUUAAUGUAUUCAACAUGAAAGCAACUUGUCUUGAUCUUUAAUCAAGACCCUAGAGUUGGUCCACAUGUCUUUGGAAAGAAAUUGAUGCUGUGAUAAUGUGAGAACAAAACAUUGUAUAUUACCUUUGAUGUAAAGUAGAACAAAUGUAUACCACAGAUAUUUUAUUUAGUAUGAUAACUACGUGUUUGGAUGUAGUGUGACAGAAAGUGUUCUGACUUAGAAUAAUACAGGUCUUCUCCUAUGGUUAUUAUUCUUGCUUUUUUAGUGAAAAGAAAUCCUGAAGACGAUUUCAUGGAUUCAAGGAGUGUUAUUUCUCCUGUGUCUAAGUUAUAGCCUGUCUUUUCAUUCAUUUAAUGAGUUUAUUUCCCCUGUGUCUAAGUUAUAACCUCUCAUUUCUUUGAUAGAAUGAGUGUUAUAUCUCAUGUGUCUAAUUGUUAGCCUCUCAGGACAUUUUGUUUAUCACAUGUCAAGUCAUUAUUUUACAGAAUUAGUGAUUUAUUUAACAGGAUUUAUGUUACAGUAUGAUGCACCUGUAGACUCUUGUGAUUUUUGUUUUAAUUAACAAAGCUUGAUCUUUUGUAGACCGUUUAUUAGUAAGAAUGAUCCUUCCUUCAUUGUUCCAUAACUACAGUAUUGAUAUGUUGUGAAUCAGGAUAAUCAGGUGAUAGUGUAUAGUAAUUUGUUGUAGGGCAUUUUAAACAUGUGAUAAUGCUAUUACAAAUGUUAAAAUCUGGAAAUGAAAUGUGGAUUUUACUACAAAUACUUACAUUAGUAUUAGCCUCUUUCCUGUCAACCCAAGAAUAAUUGCAGACAUUGAUGUGUUAAUAUUUGAUAAGUUAGAGGGUAAUUUACUACAGCCUAAUUGAUAAUGAAUUUACAUGUAUAUACAAAUUUAAAUGCAUAAAAAGAAUAACCUAAACUUGAUUCUUUAAGAAAUUUGUACGAUAUUAAACUUAUUUAUGAUCAUGUUGGUGACAUAUUCAAUGUUUUGCCUAUAUAUCAGUUUCAUUCAUCCAAUACAGUUCUAUAAGAAAAGAAAGAAGAUCAGUUGAUAUAAAAUUCUUAAACCAAGUCUCAACAGGCCAUGGAAAAAAUGAAAAUUAUGUUGUUUUUUUUUCAUAAAAAUAUAUGAAGAGUGCUUCAUAGGGUGAAAAUAGUAAGUUUAAGUCAGUAGUUACUUUGUUUCUACUGCUGUUCAAACUUUCAUAUUUUGAAGUGUUGACAAAGAUCAUGAAAAGAAGGAAUUGAGUUCAAGUCAGUUUCGCUUUCUGCUUAUAUUUUUUAUUGUGUGUAUUAUCUCCUAUUUAAAUUGCCAUUUAUCUCUAUUCGAGUCCCAGAACACAUAUACAUCCCUUUAUUUUUCUUGUAUACCUACAAACAUGAUGCCUCCUUAUAUUAUUAUGUAGUCAUGUUUCUUUUGAUCUUGAUAAAGUAUGAUGAAAUAUAA